AUGAGGUACCACGCGCGCUGUCUAUUAGCUGCCCUGGCAUUUGUUGGCCAGGCGGCAGCCGGGCCCGAAGGUCCCCUGAGUGCCCGCAGUGCCAUCUUUGCGCGGGCAGAGGCAGCCCUCGCCUCAGUUUCAGUCACCAACAUCCAAGACGUCCGUGGAAACCUUCACCUUCCCAGGAGCUGGGACGGUCUCCCAGUGUCGUGGAACAGCAGCGACGUCCAAGUCAUCAGCCACGACGGCAUCGUCAAGCGUCAGGACACGGACAAGAAGGUCACGCUCAGGGCCACCAUCCAGCAGCGAGGUGUCUCGGUCGAGCGUGAAUUUACCGCCAAUGUGCGCAAGGCCUUUGACAAGAGGCAGCUUGCCGACAUGCAGGGGUAUGCCUUUGCCUACUUUACCGGCAACAGCAUCGAGGGCGAGAAGAUCUACUUUGCCGCCAGCGUGGGCAACGACGCCCUGCACUGGCGCGAGCUGAACGCUGGCCAGCCCGUGCUGCAGUCGACCAUGGGCACCAAGGGCCUGCGGGACCCUUUCGUCAUCCGGUCGCACGAGGGUGACAAGUUCUUCCUCAUCGCCACGGACCUCUCCAUCGGGUCGGGAACCUCAUGGGGCGACUCUGUCAAGUUUGGCAGCCGCUACCUCGAGGUUUGGGAGUCGACCGACCUCAUCAGCUGGUCAGCCCAGCGCCACGUCCUCGUGUCGCCUGCCACCGCCGGCAACACGUGGGCGCCCGAGGCCUUUUACGACCCCUCGAUCGGGGAGUACAUUGUCUUUUGGGCCUCGUCGCUGUACAAGGACACCGACCCCAACCGCACCGAGGCCACGUACCACCGCAUGCUGUACGUCACCACCCGCGACUUUGUCACCUUUAGCGAGACCAAGAUCUGGCAGGACGCCGGCAUGUCGCGCAUCGACUCGACCGUCGUCAAGGACGGUGAGACCUACUACCGCUUCACCAAGGACGAGGGAGCUGGUGGCACCGGCUGCACCGACAUCAUCCAGGAGCGGUCCGACUCCCUCCGCGCAAACCUCACCGGGUGGUCCCAGGUCGACGCCUGCAUCGGGAACAAGGCCGGCACCUCGGCCGUCGAGGGACCUACCUCCUUCAAGUCCAACCCCGGGGAUGUCAACGGCGAAAAGUGGUACCUUUUUGUUGACGAGUAUGGCGGCCGCGGCUACAUCCCGCUCGAGACGGGCGACAUUACGGCACCGCAGUGGAGGGUUUCGGCCAACUUCAACCUGCCUCGCAGCCCUCGCCACGGAACCGUGCUCCCCGUCACCGCCGCCGAGCUCCAAAAGUUGACCGGCACCACCAACAGCCAGCGUGCCGUCAACGCCGAGGGCGAGAUGCUCAAGUACGACUUUUCCGGCCUGACCAACGGCAACGUGCUCGCCGACAAGUCGGGCAACGGCGCCGACGCCAAGGUCUUUGGCAGUGCCAGCGUCGAGAACGGCGUCAUGACCUUUGACGGCCAGGACGACUUUGUCUCGCUCCCCUUUGACCUGAUGAAGGACGUCAAGGACAUGAGCGUCGAGAUGCGCGUUCUCGUCGACGCCGGACAGCAGACCCCCUACUUCCUCUUUGGCCUGGGCAACACGGGCUCCAACGGCGCGGGCAACGGCUACGUCUUUGCCACGGGCAGCCCCUACCGCGCCGCCAUCACCACUGGCGACUACACGGGCGAGCAGGCCGCCAACCAAGGGCGCGACCUGCCCAAGGGCGAGUGGGCGCACGUCGUCUACGUCGUCAGCGGCGGCACCGGCAUCUUGUACCUGAACGGGGCCGAGGUGGCCCGCAACAACGCCACCAGCGCCGAGCCCCUGAGCAUCGGCAACGGCAUCACGUCCAACAACUACCUCGGCCGCUCCCUCUACACGUCGGACAAGCUCUUCAAGGGCCAGAUGAGCCACUUUGCCAUUUACGGGCGCGCCCUAUCCGGCGCCGAGGUGGCCACCAAGUCUGGUAAUGUCUUUCAGGUCCGCGACGUCGCGCUCUCCGACGCGUCGCAGCAAAAAGCACCUCCUCUGGUUGACGGUGCUGCUCGGUCAGUUCUCCUCUACGCAUACCCCAACGUCAGCCUCGCAUCCGUCGCCCCGACCUUUACCACCAUCGACGGCGUCACCUCUUCCCCCGCCCCCGGAACAAUCGUUGACCUGAGCGCCGGCAAAACAGUCACGUACACGCUUACUAACACGGCCGACGGCAGCACCAUGAACUGGACCGUCAGCGCCGCCAACGUCAGGUCCCCCGUGCUCCCGGGCCUCUACGCCGACCCCAACAUCUUCAUCCACGACAAGACCUACUACAUCUACGCCACCACCGACGGCUUCCCCGGCUGGGGCGGCAAGGACUUUUACGUCUGGUCGUCGCCCGACCUGGCCACCUGGACCCGCAGCGAAUCGCCGAUCCUGACCCUCGACGCCCCCGGCGGCAACGUGCCCUGGGCCGUGGGCAACGCCUGGGCCCCGGGCUUCAUCGAACGCGACGGCAAGUUCUACUUUUACCACAGCGGCCAGCACCGCACGCUCAACACCAAGACCAUCGGCGCCGCCGUGGCCGACAGCCCGCUGGGGCCUUUUACGGCGCAGCCGGACGCCUUCAUCAAGAACAACGAGGCCGUGACCUCGGGCCAGGCCAUCGACCCGGCCGCCUUCCACGACCCCGUCAGCGGCAAGUACUACCUGUACUGGGGCAACGGGAAGCCCCUGUACGCGGAGCUGGCCGACGACAUGGUGUCGCUCAAGCCCGGCACCAUCAAGGCCAUCGACGGCCUGGUCGACUUCCGCGAGGGCCUGUUCCUCGUCUACCGCCAGGGCCUGUACCACCUGACCUACAGCAUCGACGACACGGGAUCCGAGGACUACCGCGUCGGAUACGCGACGGCCACCUCGGCCGACGGCCCCUGGACGUACCGCGGCGUCGUGCUGUCCAAGCGCCCCGAGCUGGGCAUCCUGGGCACCGGCCACAACAGCAUGGUCAACAUUCCCGGCACCGACGACUGGCUGAUUGCCUAUCACCGCUUCGCCAUCCCCAACGGCAACGGAAACAACAGGGAGACCACGCUGGACAAGGUCGAGUUCGACGCCGGCACGGGGCUGAUGAAGGUGAUAACGCCGACGCUCGAGAGCGUGCCGCCCCAGGUGAUUAAUUAG